AAUAGCAUAUAUAUCCUAACACACUUACUACAAUCUUCUGGAUACACAAGAGUGUAUACAUAAUUAUAGAUAAUUAUGGUUUUCUUACCUGUCUUUGGUUAAUGAUACAAGAAAACCAUGCACUCUCUACUACCCUAGUCUCUAUAAAUACAACACCAUUGUUGAUUAUUUAAUUAUAUAUAUAGUAGAAUAGAUAGAGUUCCUUAAGUGUUUUAUAAGUAACUGCCGAGGGAGAGAAAGCUAUAGAAAGAGAAAUGAAGAGAGAUUGUCAUCCUUUGCUGAGAGGUGGAAGAAGAUGCAAUAAAUACACUCCUCACAUUCUUUCUUCAGCUGAGAUGGAAUCAUUAUCAAGCAUUUGUGAGGCUCUAUUGCCUCCUCUGCAGUUGGACUCAACUAAAAGCAAGGCUGUGCAACACUUCUGGAAAGCUUCUGGCUCUCAAUUCUCUAUCCCUCAUGAGAUUGCAGAAAUACUGAUAAAAAGAGCUCUAAAAGAAGCAUUGAUACUACUGAGAGUGAUUCUAUGGCUACUGUCAACAAGGUUGGGCACAUUGUUGCUAUGUGGAACUCUCUGUCUGAGUAAGAAAUGGCCCUUCAUCAACAGCUUCUCAAAUCUUUCUUUGGACAACAGAGAAAAGGUUCUGCAGAAAUGGUUCAAGCAUCGGUUCCUGACACCUAUUAGACUUGUAUUCAUUUACAUCAAAGUCCUUUGCUUCUUUGUUUUCUUCUCUCAGUGUGAUGACAAUGGUGAAAACCCAGCAUGGGAAGCUAUAGGAUAUCAAGUUGACUCUGAUGGGAUCACAACAACAAGCAAUGUUCACAGAGAAAGGCCUCUUGAAAAGGGAAUAGUGGAAGCAAUGAAAGAGAGUAACUUGAGUCUGCCUAAGUCUCUUAUUGAGAAAGGUCUUGAAGUUGCUAUAGAUUCUAAAAACAAUACCCUGAAUAUAAAAUGUGAUGUAGUAAUUGUUGGUUCUGGUUGUGGUGGAGGAGUUGCAGCUUCUAUUCUAGCAAGUUCAGGCUUGAAGGUGCUUGUUCUUGAGAAAGGAAACUACUUUACCCCCAAUGAUUAUUCUUCUCUAGAAGGGCCUUCUCUGAAUGAGCUUUAUGAGUUAGGAGGAACUUUUGCAUCAAGGGAUGGGAAAAUGGCAAUUCUUACUGGGACAACUGUGGGUGGUGGUUCUGCUGUUAAUUGGGCCGCAUCUAUUAGAACACCAGAUUUUGUGCUUGAGGAAUGGGGAAAAGACCACAAGCUAUCACUCUUUUCAAGCCAUGAGUAUCUUUCUGCCAUGGACAUGGUGUGUAAAAGGAUUGGCGUGACCGAUAAGUGCAUCGAGGAAGGGCUGCAGAAUCAAGUUCUCAGAAAAGGUUGCAAGAAUCUUGGUCUUCCAGUUGAUUACGUGCCAAGAAACUCAUCGGAACGUCACUACUGUGGCUCUUGCAACUAUGGUUGUACAAGAGGGGAGAAACAAGGAACUGAAGUUACAUGGCUUGUUGAUGCUGUGGAUCAUGGUGCAGUGAUACUAACAGGAACAAAAGCUGAGAGGUUUAUAUUGGGAAAGAAGAACAAAGGAGGGGGUGUGAGAAGAAAGAAAUGCUUAGGAGUGAUGGCAAAUGUUGUAACAAACAACAUCACUUGGAGACUUAAAGUUGAGGCGAAAGUGACAGUUUCAGCAUGUGGAGCCCUUUUCACACCUCCUUUAAUGAUCUCCAGUGGAUUGAAGAACAAGCACAUUGGCAAGAACCUUCAUCUCCAUCCAGUGCUAAUGUCAUGGGGAUAUUUUCCAGACUCAAAUUCUGAACUCAAGGGUAAAUGCUAUGAGGGGGGAAUAAUCACUUCAGUCCACAAGGUGGUAUCAGAGGACUACUCCAAAGUAAAAGCCAUAGUUGAAACUCCAGCAUUGGGACCAGGAGCCUUAUCUACACUGAUUCCUUGGGUGUCUGGACUUGACUUCAAAGACAGAAUGCUCAAAUAUUCAAGGACUGUUCAUCUGAUCACAAUUAUUAGGGAUAUGGGCUGUGGAGAAGUUAGGAGUGAGGGAAGGGUGCAUUAUGAGUUGGAUGAAUCAGACAAAGAGAACAUAAGGGAUGGAGUGAAGCAGGCACUGAGGAUUCUAAUAGCAGCAGGUGCUGUUGAGGUAGGUACUCACAGAAGUGAUGGACAUAGAAUUGAAUGUAAUGGGAAAAAUGAAAAGGAAUUGGAGAGGUUUGUGGAAUCAGUAUAUGCAACAGAAGGGUUAAUGUCACAUGAAGAAAAGUGGAGUAUCUAUAGCUCUGCACACCAAAUGGGAAGUUGUAGGAUGGGAAUGAGUGAAAAGGAAGGUGCAGUGGAUGAAAAUGGGAUGAGUUGGGAAGCAGAAGGACUAUUUGUGUGUGAUGCAAGUUUGCUUCCAACUGCAAUUGGUGUCAAUCCUAUGAUAACUAUACAGUCUACUGCAUAUUGUGUUGCCAAGAGAAUUGCAGCCUUUUUGAAAAUAGAAUAGAAUGGGCUGGUUUGUUAUUCUUUUUUUCAAGCAAGCAUGUGUAUUUAGAUGAAUAAGUUAUGGCGCGACAAGCAUAUACUAUAAUAAUUGCAUAGGUUGUUUGAAAGUUUAAUUCUUUUUGAAAGGCCAUUCAUGCUACGAAGAACAUGUGAUUUGUAAUAUUAUAAUUAUUUUACAUUCUUGAAUUAUUUCU